GGCGGAGCCGGCAGCGCGCAGCUUGCAGCCCCCGGGCACCCGAACGCCGCGCAGCACCAGGCCCGCCGGAGCGGAGCGCGGACAGGAGCGGAAGAAGCGCGGAGGGCCGGAGGGCGCCCGCGGGCCUGCCCCGCGCCCCCCCUUCCCCGGGCGCCGCUGAGCGCCGCCGCCGACCCCCGGUUUCUUCUCUGUGCCCGGCCCCCGGCGGCCGCCGCCGCCGCGCCGGCUCCGCGGGAAUAAUGCGGGGCGUGUGGCUAGCGCUCACCGUCAGCUUCGUGGCCUGCGCCUCUGGGCAGCCGAGAACAGAUUCGGUCUCUGAUAAGGAUUUAUACCUUGACAACAGCUCUGUUGAAGAAGCAUCAGGAGUCUAUCCAAUUGAUGAUGAUGAUUAUUCCUCUGGGUCAGGUUCAGGUGCUGAAGAAGAUGAGGAUAGCUCAGUGAUAACAACAUCCAGAGCACUGCCAAAGUUCCCAACCACGAGUGAUGCCUCCAGGGCUGAGACAACCACGGUGAAGAUGCAGACCAAGGUGCCUGCACAAACAAAGACACCUGAAGAAAUUGAUAAAGAGGAAAGAGCUGAGACAGGUGGCAAGAAAAAGAGCGAGGAGCCGGGGGAUGACACCGACGUGUUCACCGAGAAGCACUCAGAAAACCUCUUCCAGAGAACAGAAGUUCUGGCAGCUGUCAUUGCUGGCGGAGUCAUCGGCUUCCUCUUUGCCAUCUUCCUCAUCCUGCUGCUGGUGUACCGCAUGAGGAAGAAGGACGAAGGCAGCUACGACCUCGGGGAACGGAAACCAUCCUGCGCUGCCUACCAAAAGGCACCGACCAAGGAGUUUUAUGCAUAGAAAUUCCUCUUCUUAUUUUU